UUUUGGGUGACAAGAAGAUUUCGCAAAAUUCCAUCCCAUUUUCAAACUUAAUCGUUGAAUCAAUUUGGUAAAAAUCCAGCGAUCUUUAUCCCAAUCAGCAAUCUCGGUGAAGCUAAUAAUCAGAAAAGAUGAUGUACGUGAAGGCAAGACCGACAACGGAUCUGAAUCGAAACACCGAUUUGUUUUCAGUUGUGGUGACUUAUCACUUUUUUCAUUGGAUGAAAGGGACUCCGUUUGCUGACGAUCAAGGGAUAUAUAACAGACUGACAUGGUGGGAGCAGAUCGACAAUGGCAAGCAGCUCACCAGAAACCGAAAGUUUCUAACCGUUGUACCUGUACUUCACACUACUGAUUAUCAACAUCCAAUGAUAUUCUUCAAUACAGUUGCUGUAAUUGUGCUUGUUAUCGCAAAGUUUCCAAAUAUGCAUAAAGUUAGAAUUUUUGGUAUUAACGGCGAUAUGUGA